AUGUAUUUGUCCUUUCAGACACCUGAUGUCCUCACCACUGGAAAUGGGUGUCCUGUGGAUACUAAGACGGCAACUAUGACUGUGGGUCCUAGGGGACCUGUGUUACUUCAAGAUGUCCAAUUCCUGGAUGAGAUGAGUCAUUUUGACAGGGAAAGAAUCCCUGAGAGAGUGGUACAUGCAAAAGGUGGUGGAGCAUUUGGCUACUUUGAAGUCACUCAUGAUAUCAGCCGAUACUGUAAGGCAAAGAUAUUUGACAGAGUUGGCAAAAGAACUCCUUGUGUUGUACGCUUCUCUACAGUGGGUAGGUAUAAUAAUAUUAUACUGUUAUUAUAAAGGAAAGUCAAAAAAUUCAGGUAAAUAAUAUUCAGGUUUAUUUCUUUUGAUCAUUUACCUGCUUAAUCAUAGAAUGUAAAUUAUUCAGGGAGCUGAACAACACAACCAGUUGGUUAACUUAGCCUCUUAGCUUGCUCAUCAGUUAUUUUCACUUAAUUUGAUUAAUGAUCUUUUCUUAGUAUGUUCCUCUACAAGAUGGUAAUAUCAACCAUUUGUGUCGAUAAAAGCAUAAUAAAGAUAAUUCUGUUCUAUUCUAUUUUAUUCAAAUGUACACAAUUCAGAAGCUAUAUUGUCAGUCAAUAAACUGUGUUUUAAUUGAAGAAACAGCAUUUUUCAAUGCUAUUGAUGCAUGUCAGCAGUUCGGGAGCAUUUUUUAUCUUUUGUUUAGAAAAACAAAGUGGGACCAAAAAGGCAUUAAAUAGUGAAUAAUGAAAGGAAAAGCUAAGUUUCAGAAAUGAGCUUUCAGCAAGCAAGGUAAUGCGUGGUUGGUAUGUCUGUUAAUUGCUUAUUUUUCAGCUGUACUAUAGGGUCAGAAUUCUGGCAGGAAAAAAUGACAUAUUAAACAUUAAAUCUUGAGUGUAAAUAUGAUGUUUUUUCAUUUGUACAACCCAGCUUGAUCCCUCUCUUUUUAACACUGAAUAAUUUAGCACCUAGUGGUGCUUGUUCAAUUGGUACUUGUGUAAUUGGAUUUAACAGUCAGGUUUUUUUUCCUGGAUCCUCACAUACAUGCUCUGUGAUCCAGCUAAGCACACUCCUGGGAGGGUUAAUUUUGUUGAUUCAACUGUACAAUAUAUAUAAUUUCAGGUGGUGAGUCUGGAAGUGCUGACACAGCUCGUGAUCCUCGUGGUUUUGCCAUGAAGUUCUACACAGAGGAAGGCAACUGGGACUUGGUUGGAAAUAAUACUCCAAUAUUCUUUAUCAGAGAUCCAAUACUGGUACAUAUAUUCAAAUGAAAUAAAUAUUUAUGAUCUGUAACUCUUAUAGGUCUUUGCUUUUUGUGGCAUGCUAUUUAAAAAUUACGGUAGACUUGGACAUUUCAAGUAUUUCUUAAACAGGAAUGCUCUUACAGCAGCAUUUAAGUCUCACUUGCUUCAAGAUUAGAUCGAGAAAUGAGGAGGCAAUUAAUUCUACACGACGUAGGAUUUACUCUUUAAAGGUUUUUCAUUCCCUUCUUCUGGAUAUUUACUUUUUGUUUCUGAAUUGAUAAAGUACACAUGUUAGCAACGACCGGAAAUACGUCUGCGGUCGUAGGCUAUACGUGUGUAUAAAUACAUGAAAAUUCAGGGGCCUCAAUUCCAGAGAGAUUUUGUCAUUGCCUGGAAAUUCCUGGGGGGAGGGGGGAUCAUAAAAGACCCCCUUGGAACGGAAAAUCCUGGGGGGUGGGGUGCAAAUCAAAGAGUCUUCCAUGGGGGGGGGGGGGUUCUUUUUUUUGACCACCGAAGUGUUCACUUGUUCCAAACUAAUCAACGCUUUCAAGAGAUAGAAUUAAUUUUGUGGACAGUCCCGAUCUCGAAAAGCUCUAAACCUUAGAAGCUUUCUUCGCAAAACAUGCAUGACUGCAGUCACACAACGAUUAUUAUUCCCAGUUUGCACCUUCCCAUCUAGGAAUGCCUGGGACCACAACACUUGCAGAUUAUGAGUCUCACUGCUUAUGCAAUGGAGACUACUUAGAAUUAAUAAGUGAAGAAAGUUAAUGUGCACUUGCCAAAGCUGUAGCCAACUGUUGUUAAAUAAUUAAUUAUUAAUAAUAAAUAUUUAUUAUGCAUAUCAUAAUUAUGAAUAUGAAGGUAAUAACUUUGGUUUUUUCACUUAUAGUUCCCUAGCUUCAUUCACACUCAGAAGAGGAAUCCAGUCACUCACCUUAAGGUAAAGUAUGUAAUUUUCAUAAAAAAGUACAAGCAUAUACCCUAGAUUUCACUCAAUAUUGGUCUCCAAGUAUCAGUUAUAUAUAUAUAUAAAUAAAUAUUAGGGCAGUGUCUUAUUAAUUCGUAAAAGCACACCCUUUGUAAUUAAGCCUUUUCAACCCAAUUCAACAUUUUAGUGCCCAACAUUUAAAUUCAUUUCUCCUUUUAAUAACACUGCUAGAUCAAUCAAAUAGUAAUAGUGGUUUUACAUAUAAGAAAUAAAGAAAUGAUCAACAAGUGAAAAAGUUUAUGAUUGUUUAGCAGAUCAUUCUCCUCGCCAGUAUCGUACAUGUAUGUUAUGGGGAUGGUUUAAAUUAUAUUUUUCUUUGUCUUAAACUCGUACAUAUCAUACAUUACCAUACCCCAAAACAAAGGGAAAGAAAAUUAAACCAAGGGUAAAAUUAGACCACAAGAAAUACUACAUAGUGCUGAUUUAAGAGUUUCAAGCGAGGGGUUUUAGAACCCUAAUGAAGACCACAGAAAUGCAAGUAAAGUCCAAGAAAACUGAAAACCACAGACUGCAAUGAUCAAAAAGAGCAAAUUCAUAGAUCUUACUCUGGCUUUGAAAAGAUCUUAAUACAUGUUGCAGUUAUUUUUUUAUCUCAGGUAAUUUUUGCUUUUCUUUUGUUUUUGUUUAUGGUAAUGUAUGCUAUAGUCUCCCUCACAGUCAUUAUUUUUAUGGAUGUCACGCAACGCUCCCAAUUUCAAUUUUGCACAAUUGACCUCAAAUCACAUCUGAUCGCACUAUUUGGGGGAGCGUUGCGUGACAUCCAAAAACGUCUGCGAGGGAGACGAUGUAUGCUAGUGAAGUUUAGACAAAGGAAAAAUAAAAAUUAUCUACAGCAUAUACAUGUAGACUUCAAUCCUUAUCACUGAUUCAAAACUUUCCGAAAUGUUUAUGGAUAUACUUAGUAAAAAAAAUCAGAAACAGGUUAUAAGGACUUAGAGGAAACCCCAAAGUGAAAAAAAAAAAUUAGUGUUAAAGAAGAACCAACAAAAGAAUGAUUAAAAAUUGAAAAUAAAAAAACCCCAAAAAGCAAACAAAAAAAAUUAGUGUUAAAGAAGAACCAACAAAAAGAAUGAUUUAAAAAAUUGAAAAUCAAAAAAAUAUUGGUAAUGGCUAGCAAAAUGGAUUUCCUUCUGUCUGUACUCAAAAGAUUUUAAAGCAAACAAAAUUCAAAUUCAAUCUGGUUUUUUCUGAUCCAGAUGCAAAAUAUCAACAACCGCAGAAAGCAAAAAGAUAGUUUUUGGGUUUUUAAAAGUCUUGUCCAAUGUUGCCUCAUUUUUUUUCAUGGGCAUUUAGUAGCUUCAUUUUGGUGGGAAAUAGAUUGGUAUAGGUGGGUAAUGGAACAAAAUGAGAUUUUCACUUUUUGCUUCUUUCUCGGUGUCCUUGACUGAAUUGUGCUCAUUCUGGUAUGGUUUGAAAGAUCUCUUCACUCUGCACAAGUUAGCGAAGAAAGUUGUCCUUGACCGUUAAAACUGAUAAGAAAGGAAAGUAACAACAAAAGUUAACUUGGAAAAAAAAUGUUUGCAGGAUCCUGAUAUGUUCUGGGAUUUUAUAACUUUGCGCCCAGAGACAACUCAUCAAGUAUGCUUCCUGUUCAGUGAUCGAGGAAUUCCUGAUGGAUAUCAACACAUGAAUGGAUAUGGAAGUCACACAUUCAAGCUAUUGAGUGACAAAGGAGAUGCUGUCUACUGCAAGUUCCAUGUGAAGGUACAGUGUCUGAGUUAGAUGUAGUACGUGUUAUCAGUUGAAUCAAAGCCAUGCAUAGCUGCAAUAAGUGUUCAGCUGUGCAGUGAGUUGGUGUAAGGUCAUGUUCUUCAGGGACCUGUAGCCUGUUCACAGAUCCUCUAUUUUCUCUUUAGGGAUUGUCGUGUGUGUGUUUGGAAAUGCUCGCUCUUGCGUGCUCAUCGAUUUCAGACCAACUGUUUCAACCAAAACUUUGAAAAGUACUACAAGCAAGGAAAUGUACAGCUGCAUUGGUUGUUAAAUGUACUUGAACUUUUCACUGAUGAAUGGCCAGGCCCAAAACAUUUGGAAAACAAAACAAUCCAUUUUGUUCAUUUUACUUCAAGUGAACAUUUCCUUGCUUGUCCUUUCUAUGGCACUCCUUUUAUAGAACUGGUUUAGUCAUUAGAGCAUUUGACUGUAGAGCGGGAGGUCUCAGGUUCAAUUCCCAGGACCAGACCAAUACUCUGGGUCUUAAAAUAACUGAGAAAUGAAGAUACAUAUACUGCCUUUGACCUUUGUCUAGCUUGGGUGACCAUGUAGUGGUCCCCUCUCCAGUAAGAGACAUCAAAAAUUAGUGUACUCACACUGGCGGAUCCAGGGGAGCCCCCCCCUCUUAUUUUUAGACCCCCCAAAAAAUUUUUUUAGGCCACCCCUCCCUCUCUUAUCUCUGGGUCUGGAUGACCGGCCCCGCCUCAUCUCAAGGUCUGGAUCUGCCGCUGCCUCAGUUGGUACUUUAAUGUGCUAAAUACAUUGACACACUCUCUUUUGAGAUAUUAAAUGUUUGUUUGUUUUUGUUUUCAUAGACUGACCAGGGAGUGAAAUGUGUGCCUACUAAUAAAGCAGAACAGAUAGCUGGUUCUGAUCCUGACUAUAACAACAGAAAACUCUUCAAUGCCAUUGCCAGUGGAGAUCCUGUGAGUUGCAUGGAAGGACAGAGGGAGGGCUUUAACAUUUGGGAUGAGUUGUUAUGCUGACUUAUAUAGUCUUUGUUGGACUGGAAGAGUUAUCGUUAAGUUUGAAGAUGAAUCAUCGUCUGCAAGUUUUUUUUCUUUCAAGAAACGUUUAUGGCCGAACUUCUUCUUGCUGUAUUCUUAUCUCCUUGCACUUGUUCUUCUUGUUUUGUUGUCUCCUCUUUCUUCUAUCUUUGAACUGAAUGUUAGUGAAAACCAAGGUAAAAGAAAGCCUCUUUAACAAAUCCCUCAGUGCAAGAAACAACAAGCUUUGCUGUAAUUACAGUGAAAUAUAUGGGACAGAACGACCAGAAUUAUACAACGACUCUGAACUGGCAAAAUUGUCUAGAACUUUGUCAAAGAAUUAAAUCAUUAUGUGUUCCAAUGUACAAGCUAUUGUGGCCUAGGUUCAUGUAAAAAUUUUAUUUCUUAUGUUUGUUGAUCAGCCAUCGUGGACAAUGUACAUUCAAGUGAUGACUUUUGAAGAAGCUGAGAAAUUCAGAUGGAACCCAUUUGACCUGACAAAGGUAAAACCAUGUCUGAGUGUCAUGUUAUAUAGCACACAAGUGCCCCUCUGACCUCUAGCGUGCACACCUUAGUUGUGAGACCCAUGAUUUCUCACAUAAAGAACAAGACAAUUCAUCUUUUAAAUCAUCUUAAAUUACUCUGUUUCUUAUGACCGCUGAAGGAAAAACUACAUGUAUAAGACUUAGAACCUUCAAACAACAACCCCAACCCCUUAAUCAGGUCUAAAUGGCAUCUUCAAUAUCCCUUUGGGUGAUAAUAUUAUAAUUAUACAGGGAUUGGGUCAGGGAUCCUGCCUGAUGCCUUGCUGAGAUUGAUCUUUGUUUUUGUUGGUUUUCAGAUCUGGCCACAUUCUGAGUACCCUCUGAUCCCUGUAGGCAAGAUGGUGCUCAACCGUAACCCCAAGAACUACUUUGCAGAGAUUGAACAGAGUGCUUUCAACCCUGCCAGCAUGGUUCCUGGAAUUGAACCAUCCCCGGAUAAGAUGCUUCAGGUAUAAUUAUUAUGAUCAUAGUGCAAAGGUGUUCGUUUUAUAGCUACCCUAAAUGAAAAGCUAGCUGGCAGGGGUGCGAUGAGGCCCAGGGACUAUUCACAUGAUACCAUGAGGCAAAUUAAGUACAGGAUUCAUCAGCCCUUUUAGCAAAAUCCACCACCCCCGGGUUAUUGGACACUACUUUCUUUAGACGCUGUACCUGAUAGCUCUUGCACCGACACGAAAACCAUGCUGGAUAGGGCAUCUGUUCACACAAAGGAACGGUGGUUUCGGCUCGAUUUCUGUAACGGAGCAAAGCUGGGCUGCGCUUAUCUUGAAACUGGAUCGUCACAUAUCAGAUAGGUUAAAGUGAACAGGUAUUUGGACCGUACCGGAAGUAAAUAAGUGGUAGCCUGCGAAAACAGCUGUUUCGCCUCGCUCUUCGCCGCUGGAGACGUUUCGCGCGGAGGAACGUUUGCGACUCAGCGACAGAAAUUCCAUACUGAUGACGUAAAUCAAUGUUUGAAUAUUAAUAUAUCCGGUAGUCAUGAGGUUCCACAUCCAAAUUUGUUCAAUUUUACUUUUCUCCUGGUCGAUUUUACUAAAGUGUUGUGUUCAUCUGCGAACGAGCUCCAGCAAAACUCAAAUGCUUCUUCCAGAGAAGAAUAUAUUCCCCCAGUUUUGACUGUUUUGUUAGAGAUUCAUCGCGUUUUCAUUUGACCUUCGUGGCCUUUUGAAUGUCAUUCGUAAACAAUAGCUAAAACAAUGUAACUACUCCGUCGACCAAUCAGCGCUUCUGACCGGAUUCUGGACAGAUUUUUGGUCAUCAGUAUGGAAUUUCUGUCGCUGAGUCGCAGACGUCAUUUCUCGCGAAACGUCCCCAGCGGUGAAGUCAAGAGAGAGGAGAAACGUCGGUUUUUGCAGGCUAAAUUAGCGGGAGCGAGAACUGGAACUUGCUGAGACGGAAGUAAAUAUUCAAAAGUGAGGAUUAGGAUUUACCACAGCCUCCCACGCAGACAGGAACACAUGACGAACCCUAAGAACGUCUGCGUGGGAGGCGAGAUAUAUACCGUCGGUUGUAUCUAAGGGUGGACACGAGACCAAAAAAAACAUGUUCUAAUAGGGUGCCAGACGUGACGGUUUCUGCCGCCAAACAUUUGAAGUUUGACAGCCUUUAAAGCAAACUGCCGUGCCAAAGGUAAGUUGUUUAUAAGUUUUUGAUCAGCGCGUUUCGCUCAUAUUUCAUUUUUCUCAACUUUCAGGCAUAUUUCUCGCUCAGAAACAGCACACUUGCCUCCAGAGAUUAUUCUUAACGUCAAAAAAUUCUUGCAAAGAAUAUUUUGUUGAGCGAAAACAAUCAAGCCGACAACAGCCGCCUACUUCAAACUUCAAAUGUUCGGCGGCAAAAUAUGUCGUGUUUGCACAAAAUCAGAACAACCAACUCGGCUAACCGCCAUGGUACGAUGUUUAAUGUGUUUGAACGACUUGCUCUAGUUCUGUACCGUUGCUGUUCACACUUUACCGACUAACUUUUCAUAUCAGCACAAGAAGCUAUCUUAUGUACUCAGACAUAUAUUUUACGCCUUUCAGGGCCGUCUGUUCUCUUACCACGACACUCAUCUUCACCGAUUGGGAACCAACUACCUUCAGCUGCCAGUGAACUGUCCUUACAGGACCAGAGUCACUAACUACCAGAGGGAUGGACCACAAACAUUUGACAACCAAGGUAUACAGAACAGUACAAUUUUCAGUUGUAUUUAUACUUUCAAAUGAGUUGGUUCAUGUUGGUUUAUCUGUGCGACUGUGUACGGCUGUAAAAGAUUUCUGCAGUUUCUUGGCUUGAAAAGCCGUAUUGUUAGAGGGACGAUUAUAAUAGAUCUCGGGUUAGUUGCCAUGAAAGCUCGUAUCUUCUUAUUGUUGGUGGUUAGCCUAUUAUUAGAGGCUGACAGGGUUUUGGACAACUUGGCCCUGGAAUGUUAUUGCUAAGAUUUGUUCCCUUCCAAAAACAAAGACUUGUGAGGUAACUAAAUUCUUCGACACGUCAUAUAGUAAGUAGUGCCCCAUUCACACCAAAGCUGUUUAGUUAAACCAGCUCAAAUUUGUUUUCUCUAUAAAGCUGUUUACUGUACUUUCAUUAUCGCAUAUUUAGUGCAAUUAUGUAACGUGAUUAAAAAAUUCGUUUGAAUUAUUAAAUUUGUAAAAGCUUGUGUUUAAGUUUUGCAUUACUGUUUCUCAUUCAUUUAAACCUAAUGUAGUUUACUUAAACAUGUAUAGGCAGUGUGAAUGGGGCAUAGUAUUAUAUUGGCGCAUGCCAUCAGAAGAUUGUGUGUCUUACGAAUAAGACGUUUUAUGAUUUUAAACGUUGACCGGAGUACUUUGCGAAGCAGAAUUCAAAGUGAGGCCUGGAAGCGCUAUUAACAUGUGUCGUCUGAUUUGCAGUACAUUUAACUGUUUCGUUUUUAUUUUUCCAUCUCAGAGGGUGCCCCGAACUACUUCCCUAACAGCUUUACUGGUCCUUUGGAUGACUUAAAGUACUCACCUCAAACUGUUAAGGUACAAGUUAGAGCUGUAUAGAAGUGAUAAAUGCUGCCGCUCACAUUUUUAUCCGAGUUCAUUUGUCUAGAAAGGCACCCCUUGCUCAGUCCCCUGUCACAUGACCAAAUGGUUCGUGUUUCCUAAUGCAGUCGUCAUCUCGAAAAAGGCAAAGUGAUGACGAAAGUUUUAACCCCGUUUGUGUGGAAUAAAUUCAUUUCUUGCAGUAGAAGACAUCACUGUUUGCAAAUGUUGUUUUUGGUUUUCAACUUUACAACAAGUGAAACAAAAAAAUCUUUUGUUACAAGAACCAAGGCGCUUCUGGUUGACACUUUCAUAUCAAUAGAUGAUGUCAGCGUGAGUAUCGCUACAGAAGAAGGUUGUUUUAAUUCUGGGAGAUACAAGAAUCGAGAAUUGCACCGGCUAUCGCUGUUGAUGUUAUUGGGGUAAAGCCUUAUACGAAUAGCGUCCAUAACCCCGGCUGAAGGAAGCACCAGUAUGAUUCCUAUCAGUAAACUAUACUUUGUUUUAUUUGUGUAUUUUAGGUGACAGGUGACGUGGCGCGUUAUAACACAGCCGACGAUGAUAACUUUUCUCAGGUUCGUACUUCCACAACUGUUUUUAGACUUGCUACAAGUCGACUUUUCAUAAGUUCUUAAAAGCGAGCGAAACGUAACGAGCUUCAAUAAGAGGGCGUAGCGACCUUGUUUUGCCUGAAUGGAUUUGGAUCAUAUUUUAAAUUCACGCGGGAAAAAAUGACUGACAUAUGCUGUGUCGGAAGUGGCGUCAGAUAUCACUCCUCCUAUUGGUGAAUUGUCAUCACGUCACCGGUGGAAAUUUCAACCAAUGAAUUUCGCACAACUUGUGUAAAAAGUCCUUUAGAAUGGCAUAACCAACCAGAAAAAAAUUAAAGGACUGUUUGAAAGUCUAAACUGUUAUUUGCAGUAGAUAUUGACUCGAAUUUACCAGAAACAGACAUUAAUGCCGUGUAAUGACUUGUUUUGCUUUCCUGAACGCAGGUGACAACUUUUUGGAGCAAAGUUCUGAAUGAAGCGGAGAGAACAAGACUAGUUAACAACAUUGCAGGACAUCUUAAGGACGCUAAGGAAUUCAUUCAAAAAAGAGCGGUAAGUUAACCAUCCUCGUACAUGCAUUCCGGGUAAGAAGGAUUUGUGGUCUUGGAAACCAGGCAAUGUAAUUACAACACCAUAUGGGAGAGUAGGGAGGGGUUGUUAAGAGCUGGGUUAAGAUAACCGUGGGUGAGUGCGAAUUUUGAUUUCAGAUAUGAAAGCUUAAAAAGCAAAUUCAGUUUAAUUCUCUUUCUCUACGAUUUGAUGAUGGGAUAAAAAAAGGUAAGGUAAAGGCACACAAGAGCCAAAGUCCCAAACGGCCGGAGCUUAUACCGGUUUCCUGAGCAUGAGGCAUGCCUAGGAGUAUUGCUACUCCCCCCCUGGACGGAUUGCUAGUCCAUCGCAGGGUUAUCCCUCAGCAGUAUGUUGUCGGUACCCAUUUACACACCUGGGCUGGAUUGUUCAAAGCUGGGUGAAGAUAACCUAGGGUUAGUCUGAAAUUUUAAUUCAAAUUUACAGGUUUCAACAGCAAAUUAAGCUUAAUUCGUUUUGGCUACAAUUUGAUGAUUCGAAGCUCUCAAAAGAAUGCCGAAAAGUAUCCGAAAAAAUGCUUUUGAACAAAAGAAAAGUAAACCCAGAUUGAAAUUUAACCACCGGUUAGCGCUAAUCGGCCUUUGAACAACUAGGGCUGGGUGAAGAGAGAGCUUGAAAGCCGGACCUCCGGAUCUGGAGUUCGAAGUGUUAACCUCUCGACCACACACGCCUCCACAAUGGGAUGUUCUUAAAAAAAUGGGAAAAUUAUCCAAGAAAUUGCUUUUGAACGAAAGUAAAAGAACCCCGGAUUAAAAUUUAACCCCAGGUUAGAGAUUAUCGGCCCGUUUUUUGAAAGUCCCGAUAAUUAACGGGCUGCAAAGCUGUUGUUGUUUACAUGCAAAAUGGAGGUUUCAAUAGCUUGGCAUCUAACAUGAAAAAACUAUCAGUUAAUGAAACAAAAUGCAGUAGUGUGCAAGCCAGGACCCGCGCUUUUAUUCUUGAUAUUUCGAUUUGAAUAUUUGAUUUCGGCGGCCCGAAAAAUUACCGGCACUUUCGAGAAACCGGCCCCAGAAGUGCAAGGAAUCGAGGAUCGCUAGCGCUUUUCAUGAUAUCGAGGACAGCAGGUGCCUGGUUUCGAGUAGAAAGUGCGGAAACCUAUAUGUUGCUUUUCCUCUUCUCAAAAUUAAUAUUCCAAAAAACCCCGACAGUUUUCAUUAUCAAGAGUGUUUAUGGAAAGUCAUAUAUUCAUCAUUUCUAGUAUUUAAGCUCUUAAAUAACCUGAUAUCAUGCCCAAUUUUAGCAGCUUUAAUACAUUCUCUCCUUUAACGUGGUCGCGCCGCCUGCCGGAAAUCAGUUUACUUACCAAGCGAAACGAAAAUUGAGCCUGAUCUCAGGUUAGAUCUGCAAAACUUUUGCUGUGUAGUCCAUUUUGAUGUCGAAAACUGCGUAACCCUGUGAAACAAUUUUUAGAAUUUUUAGGUGUAGAAAAUUUAAGUGUCUGGUAGUUGUGAUGUGCAAGUAGUUAUGCAGUGUGCAUCUUUAGAGGCUCUAUAGAUCUGUGCUUUUGUUUCAGGUGCGAAAAAAUCUAACCAGCAAACAAAAACAAUGAGAACAAAAACGAAACAAGCAAACAACGCCAUUAUUUUUCUCCGAGUUGAGUUUGGUCGCCGUUUGACUGAGGCCCGAAUCUUUCUAAGCUUCAAUCCGAUAACAAAAGCCUCGGGAAAUUUGAAAGGAGGUUUAAAUGAUUAAAGUUUCAGACGGUAGGUAUCUGCAACAGGCUUAACCCUUACGAAGAACUUAUUUUUAUCGCAUGAAUGAAUAUUUAUUUUUAUUAUGAUUUAUGGCUGAAUCCGCCAGUGGGCAAGGUGAGGCGAAUCCUGUGUUCUGAUUGGUGACUGUGUACUUGAGCGGGCAAGAUAAGCUUUAUGAGCAAAGACGUUUUUGAGCGACGCACGUCAAUCCGAAGUGAACUUUUUUUCAUUCUUGAGUGGUAUUUUUGCCCAAAUUUUUGGACAAAUCGCCCCUAUAAUAAAAAAGAGACCAAGAAAGACAUAUUUGGUAUUGUCAAUUUAUUUUAAAAUGAAAAAGAUGUCACUUCCGGUUGACGUUCGUUGCUCAAAAACGCCUUUGCUUGAUCUCCCUAAUGACCAAGCUCGUUCGGUCAAGAUGACUGGUUAUUGGCUUAGUUCUUUUUUGCUUUUAUAUUGUCCUCGACCUCACGGUCCAUAAAAGCGAGAAAAAGAACUUGGUCAGUAUUCAGCCAUAUUGCCCCAGGCGUGGUCAAUAAAUCUUCAUACAUCCUUACCGCACGGUGUCACACGGUGCGUCAACUCCCCAACCGCUGUCAUUUUGUGUCCCUCUUUACUCCCCCUCCCCCCUCAACUAGACCGAUAUGAGUGAGGAAUGUCACACCAAAACUUAGCCGAUCACAUCGAUUAAAAGUCGAACACCACUCCCCGUCUCAAAAUAGAAGAUACGAAACAAAAGCUCUAUUGCCUUCCAAAAUUGCAACCACAGUAAUAGGCGGAGGGUGAUGUGGGGUGUUUGGUGUCCUGUCUUAACACUUAGCGGUGACGGCAGUAGCAAGUGAAGACGUAGGGAGACUACUCUUGCAGACAAAUCACGUGAAGAAACGGAGAAAGAAGAGGCUAAUUGUUGUCUUUCCUAUUUCAGCACAAGGGAAUUUCCGCACAAGCAAGUCUUUAAGAUGGGACUGAAGCUACAGCAUACUGCUUCCAACACAAGUCUCAGUUUAGUUAUGUACUGACAGGAAAGUGUUUCAUCCGCAUUUGAUUCUUUGUGUUGAAUUAUUUUGUGUCGGGUAGUUAACAGGGACUGAAGGGCUUAUAGAAACUUUAAAUAGACCAAUUCCUGUCUUGAUGAAAUAUAACCUGUUAUAUCAUACCAAAAAGAAGGCUUGAGAGCUGCAUUUAAAAACAAAAAACGUAACAAUUUAUUGCAAACACACGUUUUUAAGCUGAUUAUCUUGGCGUUGGUUCAUUUGGAGGAUGUCUUCUGGGUUUGGAGUGGUCUUUCUCAAACUCAUUAAUAACUGACUGUACCUGGAGUGACUGUGACCGUUGGUCACAAAAGAAACCUUUCAAACCAGUGUGUUUGUGUAUUAACGGUGUGUGAGGUUAUUACUGAAAAGGUAGUCAAGUUGCUCAUAACGUAUCAAUAAACUUGGACUUGUCUGCAUCUUUCUAGUCUCUUGUUGAACGACCACGUGACUGUAUUUAGAACUGUUUGCAAGUUCUCAUCUCACCCUUGGUAAUUUUAUAGUUGCAUUAUUAAAAAAGGCAGACCAAAAAAAAUUGAUUCGAAGCAUUUUUCAAUAAAGGUGGGUGAUUUUUGAGAAAGUAUUUUUGUCUGUUGUGUAUUGCGUGUGUCCCAGUCUUCAUGUUAUUCUGACGCUAGUUAAGAUUCGUACGGAUUAUUGUCAAGUAUUUUGUAGGAGUCGUUCCUUACAAAGCACAGAUAGAGGUCUAACCCUCCCUCGGUGGGGAUAAGCUAAGCGUAACUACCGACUGACACUCUUACAGAGCUUUAGAAGGACUCUGUAUUUUGUAAUAUGACCUUUGUCCUCGUCGAAUAAAGUUAUUAUAAGCUUUUUGAAGAAAAUUUUUGUGUGUGUGUGUGAUUUGUCACAAAGGAGUGACUUACAUAACCAAAUGACAAGAUACAACCGAGAUGACUACUGCACAGUUUGCCGAAACGUCAAUCAUUGUAAAGAACAGUCCUAUUCAGGACAACCGGACGAUUAUAUUCCACCUUAUUGUGUGCUUUGAAAUUCAGAUCCGAAAAACAUUCUGAACCCCAGUUUCUGCGAGCCCUGUGAUUAGUUUCGGUAGUUUAUGCCUCAUUUGUACAUUUUUAUGUCUUCCCGCCACCGUUUGAAAACCAAUAUUAUGAACAGGUUCCAAUCUUUGUACCCAGAAAAUUCGCACCCAUGCAUACUUAAACAUGACGUGUAGGUUUUUUGGCAAAGAUUUCACUCUAAAUGCGGUGACGUGUUUGAACGUAUUCUUUUAAAACCCCUACGAUACUUCAGCCGUUUCUGUUGAAAAAUAAGAUGAGUACAGAGUGGCAUUUGUGAGAACAGCGCUUUUUCACUAGCUCAGAAAUCUCCCAAACAACCACAAGGAGUACCGGCCAGCUUGUCGAUCCCGGAUGUUGCUGGUAACAAUCCUUACUGAGCCACAAAUAACUGGUAAGAUUUGUGCAGGCUGUGAUUUGUGACUUCAGUUAUGUUAGUUGACACACGUCCAAAACCGGUCAAAGUCAAAUUCUGCAAAAUUUUCAAUCUUUUUUUCCUUGUAAAAUGCUGAAAAACAAAUAUAGUACCAUGAAAGUACUUCCAAAGAGUUUUUAUUUGAAUUUAUCGUUGAUUUAAGUCAGGACCGCCUUCCUCGUCAAUUCCUUGGGGAAUUAAGAAAGCACAAAUUGUUGUACCUGGAGAAAUUUGCCCGUAAGAGAGUUGUGUAGUAAGUACAUCAAGGAGAGAUUGCAAGCCAGAACUUUUGACCCGCAGAGACUUUUUUUUAGCAAACAGUGCAGUACUAAGUCUUGUUUGUUAACAAAGAGUAAGAAGUUCUCGAGUAAUUUCAAAGCGGGUGUUAAAUUAUGUCUUCUCCACGAGAUAGACUCUCAUUAAAAAAAAAAGAAAAAAAAACAUUUUCCCGUUGUUCUGUUCUUAGCAAAGUUUGUUGGUUCAAAAUAGUUUUGAUAAUAAAGACUUUUGUUAUAAUGAAUGGUCUUUGGAUUUGUGGUAAAGUAUUGACGGGUAGUAAGCUUAACAGACCAUGAAUAAAGCGACAUGUUGGGUUGACAGGUUAUUUGGAACCCGCUAUUGAAAGCCUCAACACAAUUAUGGCGUAAUCGUAAAUUCUUUCUCUUGAAUUCUGGAAAGAAAAAUAUUAGUGAACUGAAAGAAAAUAAUCCUAAAUGGGUCCAGGGGAAUGAAAAUUCUUCUAAGUUGCGAAGAAGUGUGGUAAGUGACUGUUUUUCUUACUCCGGUGUGUACAGGUAAACUUCAAUAAUGGCCACAAGAGAGGACUCUGUUGAUUUACAUAAGACAAAGACUUGGACUGAUUACAACAGUAUAUACUACAAAGCAGAGACAGAUUUCAUUAAAACGAUAAAUGUAAACAGGAGUGACGCCUUAGCAUAACUUAUGGUUUUGAGUUGAGAAUCAGAACUGGCAAUGAACAAAGACUACAUGUUAACUCGUCAUAUCCAAUAUUAUCAAUCAGCUGUUUAAGCUUUAACCUCCCAGCAGGUAAUUAAAUUGUAGAAGUACCGCUACAAGAGGAAAACGGAAAAGUUUAUACAAUUUCGCAAACUCCUUUAGUGCACCAUCUAAUUUUUUUUUUGACCGUGCUCAUAGAGCCGCGGAAGGGAACUCGAAUGCAACGUACCGUCAAUUCAAUUUUAUUCACACUUAAUAACAUAAUUUAUAUAUUCCUACCUGACAUUAUAUAUAGUAAGGUAGGAAUACACUAAUAAAGAAGAAGAAGAAGGAAAAAGGAAAAUUAAUGGCUUGGGUAGAAGUACGGUGGUCAGAGGAGCUUAGCUUUCGAGCUAACCACCGCUAUAUUAUGAGUGGAAACACAUAAUGAAUGUGCGCUUGGUGCCAUGGCAACUAUAUGGACGAUUAUGUCAGUCGGCAUUUUAUGUGAAACAGUCCGCAUAUUACAUUGUUACCUUUGAGAGUUAACUAGAAUUCGCUUGUAUUCUUUUUUGAAUUUAUGGUAGCUAAGUGUUUUUAUCUUAGUAGGAAUCUCUUCCCAAGUUUUGGUUAUGGCAAACUUAAAUGUGUGUUUUCCGUAAUUUGACCUUACGCGUGGUACAUGAAAGUUAAGAUCUGAGGCAUAUCUGGUAUUGUGUGAGUGAAUAUCAGGCACCUUUACGAGGUAGUUUUGCAACACUUCAGGGAUAUUGGCUUCAUUUUGUGAGAUUUUGUGAGCUAGCAAGGAGAUUUUGAUUUUAAAAAUGAUAUCUAUGUUAUGAGUAUACUCUAGAAGUUUGACGUAGGGUGCACUACUUUCUUUGUUAUGGCUAAAAAAUAUGAAGCGUAUACAUUUAUUAAGUUUUGUUUGAACUUUAGGUAAUAUACUUGAAUUAUAGAACAUAUAGAAUGAUUUGACCGGCUAGCAUAGAAGUAUAUACUCAGCAUUUUUAAGUUUAAAUUUUCAUAGAAAUAUGAAGACAUAAAUAGUGGUUUCAUUACUGAAUAGUACAUUUUGCCACAGAUUUCAGAGAUAAAGUCAACAAAGGCAUGGUACGGGUAACGCAGUCAGUUCUCAAUACCCUGGUUGGAACGCUUCUCGGAUCACUUGUUUUCCUAGCAACAUGUAAGUUCUUAUCCUCGCAGUUAUAACUUCAGAAACGAGAGGGGAACUGGUCCGAGUUAGCUUUGCCAAAGACUUAUGGGAUCGUUACUGGGGAAGCGCGGUCGUUCACCACCUAUUGGCCAAUUUUUUCCCUAUCCCCAGUAACAGUCCGAAAAGUCUUUACGAAAGUUAUCUCGACCUAAUUUUCGUCUCGUUUCUCGAGUGUCCUUGCAUUUACAUCAGACCUUCAAAAGGGAGCUUUCAAGAGAUCGUAGUCUUCAUCUUCUUUGAUUCCCCGACUAUUCUUAUUACAGCGCUAGCUAUUACUGACCAAGUUUGGAACAACCAUGAUUGCUGUCAUUCCAUCACUGAAGUCAGUGAUAGAAUAAUUGCAGAAUUAAUAACAACUGACAUCACAUGAGAAAGCGGAGCUGUAGUUAAUCGAUGCUAAGCUGUUUGUUGGUUUUGGCAGUACAGACCUCAAGAAGAUAUCCGAGGAUUUCAAAGCUAUGCGAAGACAAUGUAGCACAAUGACAAACUGUAGUAGAAAGAACACGUUCAGCUACCACUCGAUGGAUGUCAACUGCUUUAAGAGAGCCGCAAGAAAAUUUUACCUGAAAUAAACCAUGCGUAUAUUUUUCUCAAACUGCAAAGCAACAGGCAAUUUUUUUAAAGAAAUUUUAAGAAGAUGUAGAGCGGAUUGUAUGAGGUUGGGAAUAUUUUGAGUGGUUAAUGAAGCAAUGAUUGAUUUCGACUCUCGAAUGCUUUGAAGAAUUCAGCAGAUCUCGGGUUUAUUCACCUCUGCUUGCAGCCUCAGUGGAUCACUCUCUGAGAUCUGUAGGAUACUUCAUAUCAGACUCAGUCUCAGCCAAUGAUAGCUAAAUCCGGGAUGUAAGAUCAAAUAUGGGAGUGAAAAAAAGUGCUGCCGGACAAUAAGGAGAAAGCUGCUGUUUAGCCGAGAGGAAUUGCUGUUGGUAUGGAGUUGAAUUUCUGGUUGAGUUAAGAACGUUGGCGAGCCCACAGUUUUUGCACAUUUGUAAAAUCUUGUUUGUUAAAAGGAACUAUAGUCGAUGAUGUUUGUUACCAUUACCAUCGCCGACGAAUGGUACAUUAUCUUGCGAUUUUUGGAUAUCAUUAACUAUUAAUUUAAUUCAUUGAUAGGUUCAAACGCUGCAGGAGGAAAGAAAAUUCAUGAUAAGCGCCAGGCUACAUCAUAUGUGUCUCAAUAUCCAGCUUAUUUCCCAGCUCCAAGAUAUUCUCAGUACAAUCCAUCGUUUAGAAAUUCUGGACACACAUUGCAACCAUCGCUAUCAGAACAAUCACCGUUUGUUGCUUCAUCGCCAUACUCGCAGACAUUAAGUGCACGGCCUCACGAACCGUACAUCUCGUACUACUAUCCUCAUAAGACGCACUUUAAGGACUGGUCACGAAAAGUACUCCAGGCCGGUGAUUAUGCUAAAAAAUGGCAGACCGCGAGGAAACAAAAAUUACUCCUUGCCAAUCAGAAAGCUAAUCAAGGUAGUGGAGGGAUCAAGUUUUUUGUCGCAGGAAUUAAUAAAAAUGGGAAUAUGCAAAGCGAGUGGGUUGGUCAAACUCAACUUCAAAAACCAAAUGAUGGGAGCACAGUGAAUGUUAAAACUGACCUAGCUAGUAACGGUCCGCUUGAUUCUAAACUUCAACCACAACUUGUGGCUAAUCCAACGAUGUUACAACAACAGUCACCGAUUCAGGUCAAUCCGGUGUCUAAGAAUACAAAUUUAGCAGCAGAGCCAGUCAGUAUCACGCAACAAACACAAACCAGUUCGUUUCAGGAUAAAGGAUCAAGGGAAAAUGCUAAUUCAAAUCACACAAUUUUGAGUGACAAUCUUGCAGGUGCUGUCUUAGGGCCCAAUGCUCAUUCCUUGCUUCAGUCAGCAACUUCACAGCAAACACCUGUCAGUACUACUUUAGCAACUCACCAAGGAGUAGUAGGCACGUCCAGCAACUUCAACAAAGAGCAGUCUCCAGUGACGAACGUGCCUGAUAGUAGAAUUGCAGGACAGAAGCAAAGUGAAAAAAUCCUUUUAGAAAAGGAGCAGCACACGUCAGUUAGCGAGCUUCCAAUCCAUGGUGACUCAAAUUCCCAGCCUCUGAAGAAUCCAAACGCUCCUCUACUUGGUGCAAGUUCAUCAAUCAAAGCUGGACAAGAACUUACACCUGCUAAUACAACUGGUGUUGCUAACAACGUGGUAAAAAAUCUCCAGAGUAUUCCUCAAUAUUCAGAAGAUCUCCCUUUGGAUACCCAUAAUAUCGAUAAGACCACUGCUCAAAUUCUGAAUUCAGGGCUUACGUCUAUAUCUGCGUCAAGACCACAGUCUGAAGUAAAGUACUCUCCAAAUUCUGCUUCGAGCGCGAAUACGAUUCCUAAAAACACCGCGGUGGUGACUAGAAAUAGUGCACCUGGGAAAGAUACUUCUAAGGAAGCCCUUAUAAACAGGGAAUUGGCCUUGAAAAAUAUACUAUUUCCUCCACCUUCUGAAACGAGGAAGCUGCCCCCUGGAGGUACCCAAAAGAACGUGACACCGCAGCAGACAGUACCGAGCUUUCCAGCUUUCCGUUAUAAUGAGAAUCGUCCAGUCUCUAGUCAGUUUAGUUUCAACACUAAUCGAAGGGAUGAAAUUGCACAUCCCCCCAACAGAAAGUGGCUGGUGCCUCAGUCUAAUCCCGUUCCUUACAAAAGCUCAUUUCCUCUCAUGUUGCACAAGAUUUCGCCUUACUUUAAGAUGAAGCGAAACCUGAAACAGAUGGCAAAUGGGCAAGCGAAGGCUAGAAGAAGAUUUCUAGAGCUGAAAAGUAAGUGA